CAUGACCCUGCGACGCGGCGAGGAGCGGCUACGCAGCGGCGUGUAGGCGAGAGGCGGGCGGACAAGCGCAGUGUCAGCAGGAAGCGCAUCAUCAACAUGGCACAGCAGCAGAUGCCCAGUUCCCAGAAGGCCCUUAUGCUGGAGCUGAAAUCCCUCCAAGAGGAGCCAGUGGAAGGCUUUCGCAUCACAUUGGUGGAGGAGUCUGACUUGUACAACUGGGAAGUGGCCAUCUUUGGACCCCCUAACACACUUUAUGAAGGCGGCUACUUCAAGGCUCACAUCAAGUUCCCCAUAGACUAUCCUUACUCUCCACCUACAUUUCGGUUCCUCACCAAGAUGUGGCAUCCCAAUAUUUACGAGAAUGGCGACGUGUGCAUUUCAAUCUUACACCCACCUGUAGACGACCCUCAGAGCGGGGAACUGCCGUCUGAGAGGUGGAAUCCCACACAGAACGUCAGGACCAUCCUUCUGAGUGUGAUCUCUCUGCUGAAUGAGCCCAACACCUUCUCCCCGGCCAACGUAGAUGCCUCAGUCAUGUUUCGCAAGUGGAGGGACAGCAAAGGCAAAGACAAGGAGUACGCUGAAAUAAUAAGGAAGCAGGUGCUGGCCACCAAAGCUGAGGCCGAGAGGGACGGCGUCCAUGUUCCCACCACCCUGGCCGAGUACUGCGUCCAGACCAAAGUGCCUUCCCAUGACAGCAGUUCCGAUCUGCUGUACGACGACCUGUAUGAUGAUGACGUGGAGGAGGAAGAGGAGGAUGAGGAUGCAGAGGCAGGCGGCGUGGGUGGGGAUGCAGGGCCUGACUACUAUGAUGACGAAGAAGACUCUGGCAAUGAGGAGUCGUGACCCACCUCCUCAGCCACCAGCCUCUGCACAUCAGCGCUGUUGUUUUUCUGUUAAAUGGUCACACUCGCUCACAGCAGACACAUGGACUCUCUCGACAAUGUCAGAUCCUCCUCCUUUUAAGUUGCUCUUAGUGUUUCCUCACUUGCAGAUUCACCAGCAUAGCCCAGAUCCAUGCCCCUCCGCUCUCCCCACCUCCAUCUCUAGCCAUACGGUCCCACUGCCCACCUACAUGCCUCAGGGUCUCUGCACUAGUGAGAGCGUCACUCUCAGCUGUGUUCCUGCUCUGUCUCUUCCUUGUCUCGGGUGCGUUGCUUUUGCCGAGGGAUGAGAAUGUACGCCAGACCGUGGGAGCUUUGUGUUUUGAUGUCUGACAGUUAAUACUUUCAGUUCAGGACCAAUAACAGAUUAGCCUGAACUCUGCACCAUCCAGCAGCUUCCUACAUUCUCAUCUGUUUCUUCCUGAGCUGGCAGAAUGUUUAGUUACCCCCACAAUCAGUUUAUGGUAGUUUUUCUCCAAGGGACAGAGAACAGUACUCUAUUUUUUAAUAAACACAGGACAGAGAUAUAAAAUUAUUAUUGAAAGACAUGGAAGUGUUUGUGAAUGAAGUGUAACUGUCUUAGUGCAUUAGAAUCCGGGCUGCUGUUCAUUUAACCAAAAGCUCCAUUCUAAAGUGUAAUUUGUGUGUAGUGGAUAGGUCUAUAAGGGUUAGGUGUUCAGGCUGCUCAGUCACCAGGCAGAAAGAGACCCCCUCCCCCCAUACCACGACCCCAGCACCACCCCCCCCCCCCAAAGCAGUAUUUUUUUUUUGCAGGCACAAAUCAGGAGAACCAACCUUUCAAAUCCCAGAGACCACGCUACUUCUGAACCCGGGUGUAUGCUUGAUCCACACUAUAUUGUGCCUGUGUGUGAGAGAGACUGAAGAGCCAGCCAGAUGCUGGAUGAUUUUCACCCCCAUUCCCACAGCCUUCACGCAAACACACAGCAUGUACACGCACACAUGGAAAAAGUUACCUGCAGAAGCCAACGUGUGCCCUUCGUUCUCGGGGGGGGGGGGGUUCUCUGCUCCCUGCACCACCUAUGUGAAAAAUGCCAAGGAAGAAUCACUGCAUGUUUGAAACUUGUAUUUCUUUUGUGUUUCUGCUCCAAUCAUAACUUGUAAAUUGCAUAGAAAUUUUUGGAGUCACUUUUACUGUAGACCUCAACCAGGCUGAGCCUCAGCCCCUGUGAUCGGUCCACGAACUGUGGGAUUUCAUGGUUUAAAAAGGAGACUGAACAGAAUCAAAUCAAGAGAAAUUUCUUCUGUGUUUGCAUUGAUGUUAUGAUGUAGCCCAAGGACAAGACAUAAACCCACAGGACAGACAGUGCUUGUGGGAGCCUAUGCAUUUGAACACGAGUGUGAGACCUUUGCCCAUUCUGUCUGCGAGUGUGACAAGGUGCACUUUCAGGAUGCAGUCAGCUGCCCCCGAGGUGGACAUGCACCUGGCGUUUGUCCAGCCUGCCUGCUCAGCACUUGGAGAGAGGUGUGGGGGCUGGACUCCUCUGGGCAGUCAUCCACCUUACUGAGAUAAAACACACUGUCAAAACAAUUAUAGCAGGAAGCAGAGACUGUUUUUAUUGAAAACCUCUGCUGCUGUCCACUGGCAUCCAUUUAAAAGCGUGUUUUCUUUCUGCAAAAUCAGAGCACGUUAACGGAUGAAGGACACUCUGCGAAAGCAGCACCGGGAAGAUAUCUGGUGAAAAGUUCUGAUGGGUUUUUUUUUUUUUUUUUAUUAUUAUUUCUACUUUUUCCUGUUUAAUUUGAUUUGUGUUCUUGUAGUGUUGUGAAAUUAAGAAAUUAGUGUGACUGAUUCACUUAAAAAUACAAUCAUUUAGAUUUUUCAAAGUGUUUCUUUUUUCCGUUUCUAGAAAUACAUAGUGAAUAUAAGUUGGAGGCCAACCAAAAAUGAAUCCAAACGAUUAGAAUUUUGUGAUUUGAUCACUGAAUGAACUUGUAUAAUGUUUUCUGGUGAUUGGCAAAGUAUUCUGGAAACCUUGACAUUAAAAGUAAAAGAUUUACACGCUAACAGCAGUUCAUAAAUUAUUACCAGUUUUCAUUUGAUUGAGCUGAAAAUAAUUUUAUUGAGUCUGUAUUUCGGUUCAGUCUCAUGUAGUUUCGGUCAACCAGAAUGAAUGGCAUGUUUAAACUUUUUAACAAUGUAAGCCAUCGAUCCCUGUUUUGUCUUUGAUUCACAGACCAAAAUUGACAGUACUCCAAUUUCAAGUGGUUUCAUUCAAUGUUUAAAUGAACUUUUUUUUUAUGGAAGGAUUUUGUAAAUGUGAAUGCUGUUGUUCAUCAUACCAAAUGACUUGCUGAGCCAUGAUAUGGGAACCAGUCUGCCCCCACACAGAUGUACUUGGUUAUUAUACGUUUUAAAAAGUUCAGAUCUUGCAGGCGUAAGGACAGUUUAAUAAUGUUGUGAUUUUUUUUUUUUAAUGGCCUAGUGAUUUAGUGAAAUUAGUGGUGACAUUCAUUUCAUGCAAAGCAGUAUUUAAAAAGCAGUACUUAAUUUAAAGAAGUUCUGUAUUCCACCAUGUUGAAUAUCUUUUAUGCCAGUAUUAUACUGUAGAUUAAUAACGCAAAAGAAUAUAAAUCUGCAACAAGCUGUACUGAAAGACAGAAUUAUGCUCCAGCGUGAUUGUGUUCACACGAAUGGAAUGAACAAUCUGCUCAAUGAAACAUGCAGAUUAUGGCUAAUUUGCUGCUCAGCACACACAGGAGGCUUAAACAUGAUAGCUGCCUUAUCAGAAUACAGCAUCAGUUUUGUUUUGGACUAUUUAGAGCCCUUAUAACAACAAUGAGCUUAUGAAUCGACUGAUUGGCCUGGUAUAUAUUAUUAAGGUACAUACAUUUUGUAUGUACUAUAAAGGCCCUCCCGUGUGCCCUUAUUGCAACAGUAUUUUUGGCAUUUGGCAAGAUAUGUUACACAAUGUUUCCAGCUUUUGUAAAUGAAGACUAUUUUACAGCUGGUUUAAUGAAUAUAUUUAUUCAAACAAAUUAGUGUAUUUCCUUAAUAAAACAUAAAUAGCAUAUUGCUUAAGUUUCAAGGUUAAUUGAUGCAGGCAGUAGUGAGCGUGUCUCCCAGUCACAUUUCACUCAGUUGUGAGACGCCUCACUCCAGUGCUGUCAAUUUCUGUAUGAUCUGGGGGAUAACUGGUCUGGCUACGGUUUUUCUUUGAAUUAUUUUCCUUUAAUCUUUAUAAUGGUAUGCAAGUGUGUGUAUAUCCUUAGUUUUAACAGGAGGUUCUAAAAUAAGAUGAAACACCGAAAGGAACAGACAGAAUUUUGUGCGCUUGACUAAUACACACCUUUAAGGGGGAAAAAAAAAAUGUUUCACACCACCUACUUUUUUUCCAUUGGUUUUAAUUGAAGUCAUUUUGGUUGUCACAUUGUCUCUCUCUCGGUUGAUAGUUUCAUCUAAAAUUCCUGUAAGAUUCAAGUAGCACUCCUCCAUGUAGGUUUUUUUUCUGUCUUACUCAUGAAUAACAAUGUGAAAUAAAGUAUGCUGUACUAUU